AUGUGUUAUGUAAAUUCACAACCAAUUGAAGGCUGUAAUAAUACAAAAUCAGAAGAAGAAAUAAAAAAAUUAAUCAAAUGGGCAAGAGGAUUACCAUCAAUUGAUAAAGAAGAAAUCAAUAAAUUAAUAAAUGGAUACAAAGAAAUUAUUUAUGAAGAAAAAGAAGAAUGUGAAACAAUACUUAAGAGAACAUAUAAAAUAACAAAAUAUAUAAGAUGUAAGAAAGUAAAGAAUGGUGGAGAAGUUAUUUAUGGUGAAAGUACUGAAAUUUGUAGUAGAAUUAUAACAGAAAACAAAUAUAAUAAAGAACCAUCAGAAUGUGUAGUGGUGUAA